CAUACGAAUACGGUCUGGUUGUUCCGUACCCAAUCUACCUUUACACGCACCCCCUACAUCUUCUUCUUCUAUAAAUAAAUGGCCCCUUCUUCGGAUAUCAAUUAAUUAAUUAAUUAAUUAAAUAUAAAUGUUAGUACAUUUAAUGGAGGGUUCGUCGUCGUCAUACCGGUCUUCGCUGGGGUUCCCCGUCGGCACGGCGGUGCUCCUCCUCGUCAUUUUCAGCCUCACCGGAAUAUUCUCCUGCUGCUACCACUGGGACAAACUCCGCCGCCGCGCCACCCUCGUCUCCGCCGACGCCAAAUCCCACCACCUCGAUUUGAAGCCGGCGAAGCAGCACCGGAGCAGCUUGCCGGUGAUAAUGCCGGGGGACAGCGUGCCCAGGUUUAUAGCGCUGCCGUGCCCCUGUGAGCCUCCGCGGCCGCCGACUGUUGUACUGCACGUGCAGAAUUUGCCGUCGGCGGCGCCGCGGAUCGCCGUACCUUUGUACUGAUGAAAGUAAGAGCUAGUAGGUAGUAUUUCUACGGUGGUAGCUCCUACUUUUUGAUCGAA